GUAGUAGAGACGAGGCGAGAGGAGCAGAGGGGAGGAGACGGGAGACAAGCUAAGCCUGAGGAAGGCUGCCCACCCUGGAUCCCCAGCGAAGGGCUCGGGCCGUGCGCUCCCUGAGCUCGCCAGAUUCUGUGCCUUCCCCCGUCCCUGGCACGGUCUCCCAUCCUGCCAACUUGUCUUCCCCCGCCGCCCAUCUGCCCUUUCCACGCCUCCCGCCCUCCAGGCCCCCUCCCCCUCUUCCUCCUCUCUCCCCCCUCCCCAGUGCCUCCAGAAAACCCAGCCCUCCCGGGGCGGCCCCGCAGUGCCAGGGACCCGGGGAGCCACCACCGCCAGUGCGCUCUUCCGAUCCGCUCUCGCCCAGCACCAGGGCUGCCAAUCCGCCCGACCGUCCCAACGUCGGUCCGACAGUCCCACCAUCGGUCCGUGCGCCCGGAGCCAUGACCGCUGAGAAGGCGCUGCCCAUAGGCAAUGGCAAAGCAGCGGAAGAGGCGCGGGACCCCGAGGCCUCCAGUGCCAGCCUGGUGCCCAGCCGCGACAAGAAGGUCCAUGAGCGGGGCCACUGGAACAACAAGGUGGAGUUUGUGCUGAGCGUGGCGGGCGAGAUCAUCGGGCUGGGCAACGUGUGGCGCUUCCCUUACCUGUGCUACAAGAACGGAGGAGGUGCUUUCCUGAUUCCAUAUGUGGUGUUUUUUAUAUGCUGUGGAAUACCUGUGUUUUUCCUGGAGACAGCCCUGGGACAGUUUACUAGUGAAGGUGGCAUUACAUGCUGGAGGAAGAUUUGCCCUUUGUUUGAAGGCAUUGGCUAUGCAACUCAAGUGAUUGAGGCCCACUUAAAUGUGUACUACAUCAUCAUUCUAGCAUGGGCUGUUUUCUACCUGUUCAAUUGUUUCACCACAGAGCUACCCUGGGCCACCUGUGGGCAUGAGUGGAAUACAGAUCGCUGCGUGGAGUUCCAGAAGCUGAACAUGAGUAACUGCAGCCAGGUGUCCCUCCAGAAUGCCACCUCACCCGUCAUGGAAUUUUGGGAGCGCAGAGUCCUCGCCAUCUCCGACGGGAUUGAGAACAUCGGUAACCUCCGCUGGGAGCUGGCCCUGUGCCUCCUUGCAGCCUGGACCAUUUGCUAUUUCUGCAUUUGGAAGGGGACCAAAUCCACAGGGAAGGUCGUGUACGUCACUGCCACCUUCCCCUACAUCAUGCUUCUGAUUCUUCUUAUUCGAGGGGUAACGCUGCCUGGAGCUUCUGAAGGGAUCAAGUUUUACCUCUACCCUGAUAUCUCUCGGCUCUCCGAUCCCCAGGUCUGGGUAGAUGCUGGAACUCAGAUAUUUUUCUCCUAUGCCAUCUGCCUGGGAUGCUUGACGGCCCUGGGAAGUUACAACAAUUAUAAUAACAAUUGCUACAGAGACUGCAUCAUGCUGUGCUGUCUGAACAGCGGCACCAGCUUCGUGGCGGGGUUCGCCAUCUUCUCCGUCCUUGGCUUCAUGGCGUAUGAGCAGGGGGUGCCCAUUGCCGAGGUAGCAGAAUCAGGGCCAGGACUAGCCUUUAUUGCCUACCCCAAGGCGGUCACCAUGAUGCCCCUUUCUCCUCUGUGGGCUGCCUUGUUCUUCAUGAUGCUCAUCUUCCUGGGACUGGACAGCCAGUUUGUGUGUGUGGAAAGCCUCGUGACAGCAGUGGUGGACAUGUACCCCAAGACUUUUCGACGUGGCUAUCGGCGGGAACUGCUCAUCCUGGCCCUGUCCAUUGUCUCCUACUUCCUUGGCCUGGUCAUGUUAACAGAGGGUGGCAUGUAUAUCUUCCAGCUGUUUGACUCCUAUGCAGCCAGCGGGAUGUGCCUUCUCUUUGUUGCUAUCUUUGAAUGUGUCUGCAUUGGCUGGGUUUAUGGAAGUAAUCGCUUUUAUGACAACAUUGAGGACAUGAUUGGAUAUAAGCCACUAUCCCUAAUAAAGUGGUGCUGGAAGGUGGUGACCCCAGGCAUCUGUGCAGGAAUCUUCGUCUUCUUCCUGGUGAAAUACAAACCGCUCAAGUACAACAAUGUGUAUACAUACCCCAGCUGGGGAUAUGGAAUUGGAUGGAUGAUGGCACUCUCCUCCAUGGUCUGCAUUCCACUGUGGAUUGUCCUCAAGAUGUGGCAGAUUGAGGGAACACUCUUGGAGAAAUUCAGGAAGUUGAUAGUGCCCAGCCCAGACCUGAAGAUGAGAGGGAAGCUUGGCGCCAGCGCAAGAACGGUUACUCUAAAUGACUGUGAUGCCAAACUCAAAGGGGAUGGAAACAUUUCUGCCAUCACAGAAAAAGAGACACAUUUCUGAGAGACCUCUCUUCGACCGGGAUUUUUUUUAUAAAUGAAGAAAUAAACUACUUCACUUAAUUAUAGGAGUUCGCUUGUUUUGCACAAAAAUUAUUAACAAGUUAAUUUUAAAGUGAACACUGUAUACUUGUUUAAAAGUCAUCAUUUUUAAUUAUUAUGUAAGUAACAGUCACAGAGAGAUAAUAUUGUAUGGGAUGCUAGCAAAAACUUCUUGUAAUGUGGUGAUUUUAAUUGUCAUUUUCUAGGAGUUAGGAAGGUCUGUAUAAUGUACUGUCAACCUUUUAUACUUGGGUCUUGGGGAUGGGGUGGCAUUGAGUAGCUCUCCUUAUGCUUCUAAUCCAUUUCCACAGACCACUGUGGGCCAUUUCCUUUCCAAUGUAUGUCUAUAAAGGGGACUAUUGUUUCCUUCUCUGUACACUGGAGGGAAGCUUCCACUCAGUUCUUAUCAUCUUCAUUUGAGCCCCAGCCUCCAUAUCAUGGGAUUUAGAACUUGAAGAGAAUUUGGAGAAAAUUGAGUCCAAGCCCUUCAUUUUACAGACGAGCAGGUGGAAAGUUGGGCAGCUUGGUAGCAAAGACAGUCUCCACAGGCCUGGACAUGGACAUGAGGAACCCUAAGCUUGACUUUCACCUUCUCCAGUUACUUACUGUGUGAGUUGGGCUAAGUUACCCUCCCUUUCUUUGCGCCCAUGUCCCUCAUCUGUACAAUGAGGGCACUGGACAAGGUAACCUCUGAAGUCCCUUCCCACCUGACCUUCUCCUUUUUUCUAAUCUCAAAGCCAUAGAUCCAGCCAAGAUGUGGUUGGUGGGAGGCCAUAGCUGAGAGAUGAUAACCCUUCAAAUCAGCAUCAAGGUCACUGUUUGUGGGGCUUUUUACUUUUUAGCCUAACAAGCUUCAGGUCAAGUUGGACCAACUGGGUCUUACUACUCCAAAUACCUAAGGAGUCCCUCCUCCCCAGCCUUUCUUGCUCUGGUCUAGGCUGUCUUUUAUACCUGCAUCAAUAUUUAUCUUCCACUUUGGAUGGAAACAUCAUCUGUUGUUUCUGUUUCAUUCUAUAAACAAAGGAAUAAUGAGAGAAGGGCCAACUCCCUUUAGCCAAUGGAGAGGGUUAAUUAGAAAAAGAACUAGUUAAUGUGAUGAGUUUUAUUCUGUCUUUUCUAGAAAUGCUGACCUUCAGCCCACUAUUGUAUUUGAAAAGUAAUUGGACUAGGGUAAUGGGGUAGAUGGACAUGUUUGAAACCCCUUUAUCAUGCUACUCCAAUCAGGGUGGCAUUUCUUGAAUAUUUCAAGGCACUGGUCUCAUACUACCUAAGAGAGGAAAGCAGAAUGGAAAGAAACCUGAGCAAGUCCCAAAUUCUUGCCAAACUUCUGCCAUGAGUAAGAUCUUAAGCAAGUAAUUUCCUCUCUUUGGACCUCAGUUUCCUCAUCUGUAAAAAUAAGGAUUUUGGAUUGUAUGCUCCUUAAGGUCUUUUCUAACAUCCUGUCACUGUCUUGCUUUUUGUUGUAUGUUUUUAAUUAGACCUGGGAGCUAGAAUCAUCCCCAUAUCUAGUACACACACGACUCAAGCCAACUAAGAAUAUUUUUGGAUUUGCAGGUACCCCUAAGCUAGAGAGGCAGCCUUAGAAUCAAGAGACCUGGGUUCAGGUCUCCCCUCUGAUAUUGUCUGUGUGACCCUGGACAAGUCUCUUAACUUCUCAGUGUCCCAUGCAAUUCCCUGAGGCUUUAAGUGGCAGAGCAGUUGAAGAUUUACUUUGAUAGAGGGAAUUUCUUUGUGUAUUGAUGAAAUCACAGGCCCAAACCAAAAAACAAAACAAAACUUGCCCCACCCCCAUAUCUUAGGGAGCUUAGCAAAUGCCUAUAUGUUAAAAAGCAAACCAGAUUAUGGAAAUCAUUUGCUUCAUUCUUGUUUUUUUAAUAUUGAAAAAUCUAUAGAUGUGAAUUUAUUUUUUUCAAAAGACCAGACAGUCAUUGCCAUGUUGUACUGCAUCUAUAUAAAAUAUCCUUCAGCCCUAAGUGAUUUCAUCCUUUCCAUGAUGCUUUUUUCCAAGCCUUUCACAUUUCUUAGCACAUAGGACUGACUGUUUCAUUGUGUGGUUAGCUUGGAUGGCUCUUCACCUACCUGGGUCUCAGUGUCUUCCUCUAUAAAAUGAAUGGGUUGAGCUAAAUGGUCUUAAAGAGUUCCUUUAAGCACUAACAUUCUAUGAUCCUUCUUUAUGGUUGGUCGCUUGCUUGGGUUCGUGUUUCCAGAUCAUUUUGCUAUUUCUUCCCUCUGGCUUGGGCAGGGGGUGGAGGAAUGGUUGGGUCAUGGGAGGGAGAGUCUGGAAAUGACAGAUUUUUCUGAUUCAGAUGUUGUAAGCAUGUUCUCCACCCCCUUAAUAUUUCCUUCAUGUUAUUUGAGCCCUCCCUCUCUCCCUCUGCUUUGACUUAUCUUCACCUCUUAUUUUCCAAGACUCUCACCUUCUAUUAGCCAACAACAGUACAAGAGUCUUUUAGCCCCCUUCCUCUGUAAACGGUUGCUCCAACUCUCCACUAUUUCUCUCUUCCAAGAUAAUGCCUGCCUUCUCUGUCAAUAGCCAAGUGCCAAAUCUUUCAUUUUUAUUCCUAAUACUUAAUUCUUUCUUAGUCCCUUCCAAGUGGCCCUGUGUCCAGGGAAAUAUAGGCAGCCCCAAGUUUAAAAAAAAAAACCUCUUGCCACAAAUGAGCAUGGUUUCUGAAGGAGGUAUUUAGACUAAACUGUAAUCAAAUGGAUUCUUUGAUCUUGCUUGGUAGCUUUUAAGCACAUGCCUCCAUUCUUAUUUGGUUGAUUUUUUUCAAACUGAUUUAUUUGUUUCUUAAUUAUCAUUUUAAUUUUAGGAGGACUUUUUAACCUCUUGCCAUUAACUAGCUGACAGCCCUGAGUAAAUCACAUCCCUCUCCUCUGUGUCUCAGUUAUUUCAUCUAUAAAAUGAGAAUUUUGGAUGGGAUGAUUGUAAGGCUCCAUCCUGUUUCCUAUGUUUCCUGGAGCUGUGAGCUUUCCAAAAUCAGAACUUUUAAUUUAUGGCACACUGGGGAAGUUUACAUCAUAAUAUUUGAAGGAAAUAAAACAUGAUUUUAUCCUAAAGUUUCCAAAGCUAGCUCAUUUAUCUGCUCUGGCCAGAAACUAUCUGUAUCCCCAGUUCUGUUAUUUUUGUCUUAUUGGCCUCCAGUUCUCCAUGGCCCAGGCUCCCCCUCUUCAUCCCUCAUCCUGAGCUAGCAACAUAUCUCCAGAAAGGUAGCAAGAUGCCUCCUCAGGGAUCUUGAAUCUCCACUUAUGCCCUAUGCCUUGGGUUCAUUUCUAUCCAUCUUCACCAAGUAAGUAUUCCAAUAAAUCCUGGGUUCGGAACAUCUUCUGACUCUGCUGCUAUAGACAUCAACAGCUUUAUAUACAUACAUGUGGGACCACAUGGUCUGAAGUUACUAACAUUCUGGGGGCUCAAUUUGUGUGCAUUUAACACCUGCACAACUUAAAAUUUUAUUCAUUUUAUUCAUGGCACACAGGAGGGAUUUUUUUUUCAAAUUUCCUACUAGUAUUUGUGUACCUUCUUCGGAAACAAAAAAAUGACACAAAAGAGCAUUAUGUCCUUGUGGUGAUGACUUUUUUUGAUAUUCAUAUAGAAGCAAUAGAUCCUUUCAGAGAUAUUUACAGUAUUAUUAAAAGAAAGGGUUGUAUUACAGUUCUACACCGCCGAAGAAUUUAUUUGGUAUUCAAAGGGCACAAAAAAAUUUUUGUCUGCUUACUCAUUUUUAAAAAUUAAAGAAGUGAACAAUGUG